AUGAUAAUAAAUAUUUUUUUGUUUUUGUUUGUGUUUGCUGCAACAAUAAAGAUCUCCAGUAGCUUGAGAUACAGUGAUGCUAGAUCAUACAUAUAUACUCCUAACAAAUAUAUUAAUAACAAUGUAAUGGAUAGGAAAUUUAUUAGAAGGCUUAAUGCUGUUGAUGAGUCAAUUAAAAACAAUGAGCAUAUAAUAAAAUUAACUGAUAAUGCUAAAAAUAAAAUAAAACAAUUAGUAACCGAGAUCGAGGACAAAAACUUGAUAUUGAAAUUGUGUGUAGAAAAUGGGGGUUGUAAAGGAUUAAAGUACAAAUUGAAUCCAAUAAAAAAGGAGGACAUUGAGCCUGAUGACUACAUCCAGCAAUUCGACGAAUUAAAAUUUAUUUUAUCUAUAGAUUCUACUAGCGUUAUUUACAUUUACAAUAAUAUAUUAGAUUAUAGUAAUGAUUUAAUUAAUGGUGGAUUCAAAUUUAUAAAUCCAAAUGCAACGAAAAAAUGUGGUUGUGGAAAAUCCUUUAAUGUCUAA